CAUUACAAGCCAUUACAAGCCAUUACAAGCCAUUACAAGCCAUUACAAGCCAUUACAAGCCUUGUAAAGCACUCAUCAAGUGCUUUACAGCACACAAAAUGAUCAUUGGAUUGUGUUAUUUCGUCAUCUCCAACUGACUCUAUCAGAAGGGCUUGAGUUCAGAUCCUGUGUUGGAUAGAACUCGUCUGGCUUGACCAACAUGACAUUUGAACGAAGCAAAAAUUCAACACAUGUUAUCGUCCCCGCUCGGAUUUUGGCCGCGACUUCGAUUGAAGUCAUCUCUCCUCUGACAGAAUUUAGACAGAGCUUUGGAGGAGAUAAGCUGAAAUCAUGCCUGAUUGCUACAUAUCCAAGAAUGCCUCCGGGUCAAUGUAUUGCUUUUCGUUAAAGCGGCCAGCAUUGGAAGAGUUGAAAGGUCUGAAAUCGGAGGACCUUUUGAACCACUGCCAGCGGAUUAAUCGCUGCAUCUUCCACUCGAAACAGACUGGAGAGGAUGAAGCGUUGGUUUGGACAUUCAAGAAUGGCUCCAUGCUGAAUGAACAGCAAGCGGUCGUUCUCCAUAACUUCUUGGACGGAAACGACGAAAUCCAAGAAGUCUUCGCCAAAACGGAUCAAAAGUCUCUCAUUAUCAAGACAAUCUACAAUGCUGAAAUUCUUGUUGUAUUGGCCUGCAAGCACUCCAAGUUUCAUACUGCACCUUCUCGCACUGUCACUGUGGUCCCCCGUCGCCACACUCUGCCCGCGGGAAUGAGGAGUGUGCUUUCCGAAUUGGAGGCAUCGUUUACCUCCAAUGAUCAAGAAGAGUCUGCUAGUGGCAUUGUUAAUCUUGUUACUCCUGGCAGUAGUGCUUGUGGCGGUGGACGUCCAAGUGGAGAGAGUGAGUUUACGUUCGAAUCUGUUGGAACGGAGGAUGUGAAUGGGCAAUCCUAUAUCUGA